AUGAAACCCAUUCACAUAUUGACGCUAUCCCUACUUACCUCCCUAUCAGCCGUACCCGAAAUCCAUGGACAAAAUGACAUAGAUUAUUUUCUCAAGAUAUCGGGAAUAGAAAAGACCAGCUUCCAUCCCACCAAGGCACGUAAUGGUAAGCUAUUGGUCACUAAUUUGGAUGAGUCAAGAGAUGUGCUGUUAAACCUACGACGUCUUCUGCUACAACGUGCCUCGAAAAAUUGGUCCCGCCUGUACAACUACAAUUGGAUAUCCGGUAAAAUACAAAGACCACGACGAUGGGAUGAGUUCCCAUGCCCCCUAAAUGGCACGAGAUCGAAAAGUCCGCCCACCACUCUGGAUAAAUUACGACCGGGAGAUAUUGAUGUCAUCGCCGCUAUUGGUGACUCCCUGACGGCGGGUAAUGGUGCCAUUUCAGAAACUCUCAUGGAUGUUGCCACAGAAUAUCGUGGUGUGACAUUCUCGGGAGGUGGUGUUGCCGAUUGGCGAACCAUUCUGACACUGCCGAAUAUUUUAAAGGUCUUCAACCCCAACCUGUAUGGAUUUUCAACGCAGGAUGGUGUUGCUGUGGAUCGUGAAGCCUACCUCAACAUUGCCGAACCAAUGGUGAUGUCACGGGAUUUGGUGUAUCAGGUUAGAGUUUUAAUACAACGAAUGCGCCAGGACCCUAAGAUUGAUAUGCAGCGCCAUUGGAAGCUAUUGACAAUAUUUGUGGGUAAUAAUGAUAUCUGUUCGGAUAUGUGUCAUCAUGAUAAUUUAUGGAAUUUUCUGCGCCAACAUGAAGAGGAUUUGCGACAAGCCUUUACUUUACUGCGAGAAAAUAUUCCCCGACUGGUGGUGAAUUUAAUUCCCGCACCCAAUAUGGUCAACACCUUGAGGAGAAUGCAAAAUAUCCCCCUAUUAUGUCAAGCGGUGCACAGUGUCGGUUGCCAUUGUGUCUUCAGUGAGACCUAUUCGAAGAGAUAUUUGCAGAAUAUUUCAAAAUUUAUAUCUCGAUGGCAAAAAAUCGAUGAAUAUGUAGCCUCAUUACCGGAAUUCUAUACCAAGGAAUUUGUGGUGCUUUAUCAAUCGUUUACAGCCAAUGUUAGCCUGCCCAUCCUGGAAAAUGGUGAUACGGAUUUACGUUUCCUGGCCAGUGAUUGUUUUCAUUUCAGUCAACUGGGACAUGCCGCUGUGGCCAAUGAGUUGUGGAAUAAUAUGUUGCAGGCACCUGGGCAAAAGGAAUCCGUUUUUAGGGAGCCAUUUGAGAGAUUUCUAUGUCCCACCGAAGAGAGGCCAUACAUAGCUACCUACGGAAAUAGUUUUAUGAGGGGGAGAUGA